AUGAGUCCGAGCGGAGCGGAGGUGCACGCGGUGCCGGCGCCGCUCGGUGCCGAGUUUGACCCGGUCAGGAAGGAGGAGCAGCUCGUCUGCGUGACCAGUGCCAUGGCGUUCCCCCCGUUCGGCGCCGCGCCGCACGGUGCCGGCGGUAUGCUGCCGGGUUACACUGUCGCCCGGCCCAGCUACCCGGUCAUGAUGCCCGACGGCUUCGCCUCCGGCGUCCCCUACGGUCCAGCGUCCGGCAACAGCAACGGCCGCAAGCAGCGGCGUGAGCGCACCACGUUCACGCGUCAGCAGCUGGACAUCCUCGAGGGCCUGUUCCAGAAGACGCGCUACCCGGACAUCUUCAUGCGCGAGGAGGUGGCCAUCAAGAUCAACCUGCCGGAGUCGCGCGUCCAGGUCUGGUUCAAGAACCGGCGCGCCAAGAUCCGCCAGCAGGCCAAGCAGACCAACACGAACGGCACGGCGCCGCCGCCCGAGACCAAGCCGAAGCCGAAGCCGCGCACGCGCACGCCGCCGGCAGCCAGCUCGCCGCCGAGCACGGCCGGCGACCUGUCGACGGUGAGAGACCGCGGCCACCAGCAUAGUUACGGCGGGGGCUACAACACCAUCUGGAACCCGAUGGGCGACCUCGUGUCGAACCAGCCGGCGAUGGAGAGGCCUUACUCGGCUAAUCCGGCUGGUGGGUACCCGCAGUACGGCGGGUACUACGGCAACAUGGAGUAUCACCUGAACCAGCACGGCCAGAUCAACUCCCAGGUUAACAGCCACGUGAGCCCGCUGCCGCCGGCGCAGCCCACGGCAGCUCCGGUGAGCCGGCACAGCAUCGCCGCCGAGUUCGACUACCGCUACCAGAACUUCCAGGUGUUGUAG